UGUGUAUCUGUGUCUGUGCGCGGUUUUGAGUGUGUGUCUCUGUCUGUGUGUGAGGUCUGGUGAUCUGGCUUCAGUUGAAGUUAGUUUGCUCUUCUCUCUGUUCCUGUUUGGAUGGUUAUUUCGACGCAAAAUGAACUUCGGCAUUUCGGAAAACUUUAAAUCUUAAUGAGUUCCGAGGACAACGAUUAAUCGCACAAAUGGGGGCUGUGGACCGCAGGUCUGUUGUAAAACUGAAUCUGGGUCAUUAAAGUAGUAAAUCCUCCAGUCCGACAGCAUGGAUCCGCUGGGCCGGUCCGGAGGGGAGAUUCAGCGCAGAAACCCGCAGCACGACUUUGAGCUGAUCCAGAGAGUUGGCAGCGGGACCUAUGGAGAUGUGUAUAAGGCUCGUAAUAUCUCUACUGGAGAGCUUGCAGCAGUGAAGAUCAUCAAACUUGAGCCCGGUGAUGAUUUCUCAAUCAUCCAGCAAGAGAUUUUUAUGGUGAAGGAAUGCACCCAUCACAACAUUGUGGCUUACUUUGGCAGCUACCUCUGCCGUGAGAAGUUGUGGAUUUGUAUGGAAUACUGCGGUGGAGGAUCCUUACAAGACAUUUAUCAUGUUACAGGUCCGCUCUCUGAACUUCAGAUCGCCUAUGUGUGCAGAGAGACGUUACAGGGUCUCGCUUAUCUGCACUCCAAAGGCAAGAUGCACAGAGACAUCAAGGGGGCAAAUAUUCUGCUCACAGACAAUGGAGAUGUCAAAUUAGCGGACUUUGGAGUGGCUGCUAAAAUAACAGCCACUAUGGCAAAAAGGAAAUCCUUCAUUGGGACGCCCUACUGGAUGGCUCCAGAGGUGGCGGCGGUGGAGAAGAAUGGAGGUUAUAAUCAUCUGUGUGAUAUCUGGGCUGUUGGAAUCACAUCCAUAGAACUGGCAGAACUACAGCCUCCCAUGUUUGACCUCCAUCCCAUGAGGGCUUUAUUUCUGAUGUCUAAAAGCAACUUCCAGCCACCCAAGCUAAAGGACAAGACCAAAUGGUCUACAGCCUUCCAUAAUUUUGUUAAAAUUUCCCUCACAAAAAACCCGAAGAAGAGGCCAACAGCUGAGAAGCUGCUCUCGCACUUACUUGUGGCUCAGACAGGUUUGACUCGACGGUUAGCUUUAGAGCUACUUGAUAAGAUGAACAACCCAGAUAAUCAUCAAUCUCACUUCAGCCAGGGAGAUGAAGAUGACUUGGAGCCGCUUGCAGAGCGCCACACCAUCCGCUCGUCCCACAACAGGAGCUCUCGUGCUGAAAGGACCCAGUCUCAGAUCAACUUUGAUAGGCUUCAGUUUGAGCCCCCCUUGAGGAAGGAGACUGAAGCAAGUGCUGAGAUGGAUGUAACAAAGGACAAUGAUUUCUCCUCCCCCUGGAGCCCGUUCACAGAAGGCCCCAUCACCUCCAGAGGGCACUUGGCUCCAUUAGAAGAUGCUUUUGAGGAUGUUGAUCUUUCAACUCUUAAACAGGGAGUGCCACCACCACUUCCUCCUAAGCCCUCUCAGGCUCGGUCGAGCAGUGUGUCCGAUGAGUUUGGUUUGAGCGACGGGGCUCAGACGGUGCGGAGGUUCACGGGCUCUGAUAACGGGCCUCUACCAGUGUCUCGCAGACAGAGCACACCUGAGGGAGGAAGUAACGCAGAUCACACCCACUCAGACUACAUGUCUGUGAGCGUCAGCAGCCCAGGGCUGCUCUCACACACUGCUGACCACGAGGAAGACUCGGACGAAAGCGUGAAUGGAGAUGUUUCAAAAUCACCUCCCGGUCGCCCCCAGAGGAAAGAGAGAAAAGAUUUUCCUAAACCUGCUAUUAACGGCCUGCCGCCCACUCCUAAAGUCCUGAUGGGAGCCUGUUUCUCAAAGGUUUUUGAUGGUUGUCCUCUUAAAAUUAACUGUGCCACUUCAUGGAUUCACCCAGAUACUAAAGACCAGUAUCUGAUAUUUGGCACUGAAGACGGAAUCUACACUCUGAACCUAAAUGAGCUACAUGAAGCCACCAUGGAGCAGUUGUUUCCACGGCGAUGCACGUGGCUGUACAUAAUCAAUAAUAAUCUGAUGUCAUUAUCGGAAGGGAAGACAUUCCAGUUGUAUUCCCAUAAUCUGAUUGGGCUGUUUGAACAGCUCAGGAAACCUGGACUGGCCACUCAGUUCCACACCCACAGAUUCCCUGACAGGAUACUGCCCAGGAGAUUUGCUCUCACCACCAAGAUCCCUGACACCAAGGGAUGCCACAAGUGUUGCAUCGUGCGGAAUCCGUACACAGGUCACAAGUAUCUCUGUGGAGCUUUGCAGUCUGGGAUUGUUUUGCUGCAGUGGUACGAACCCAUGCAGAGAUUCAUGCUUAUAAAGCACUUUGAUUUCCCUUUACCAAGUCCGCUGCGUGUGUUUGAGAUGCUGGUGGUCCCUGAGCAGGAGUUUCCUCUGGUGUGUGUGGCGGUCAGUCAGGGCACAGAGCCGGGACAGGUGGUUCGCUUCCAGACCAUCAACCUCAAUUCCUGCUCAUCCUGGUUCACUGAGAUCGGCUCAGGUGGUAACCAGGUCGAUGCGAUCCACGUGACACAGUUAGAGAGAGACACCGUGCUCGUGUGCCUGGACAAGAACGUAAAAAUAGUGAACUUGCAGGGAAAGCUAAAGUCUAAUAAGAAACUGGCGUCUGAGCUAAGCUUCGAUUUCUGUGUCGACUCCGUAGUGUGUCUCCAGGACAGUGUUCUGGCCUUCUGGAAACAUGGGAUGCAAGGGAAGAACUUCAAAUCAAACGAGGUGACACAGGAGAUUUCAGACCCAAGCAGAGUGUUCAGACUCCUGGGAUCAGACAGGGUUGUUGUUUUGGAGAGCCGGCCUACAGAUAACCCUACUGCUCUCAGUAACCUCUACAUCCUGGCUGGACAUGAGAACAGUUAUUAGCUCCGCCUCCUUCAGCCGUUCAGGCCCGUUGCACCUGGAGCCAUUGCAGUACCCAUGAUGCAUUCGUUUCGGAACGGCAGCGAUGCUGGACAACCACAGCUGAACUGAUGAGCAGACUGUGUUUAGUGCUAAAUCUCACUGCAGCCUUAUGCCAUACGCUGCCCACCGCCAGAGACAGCCAGACUUCUCGCCACUUCAGGCAUCCAAAAUCAAACAUCAUGCAGUUCUACAGCAGCCAGUCAGAUUUUUGUAAAUCAAGCAAGCAAUCGCCAGAACUGCAAACAAUAGUGCUGUGUUAAAUACCUGUUUUUUAAACCCUAUUAAAUAUUGUAAUCAUUCUAAACAUUUAAAAAAACAUUAAAGCUGCAAAGAUAGAACAUUGAGCAAAACGCAUUGCUGCUCAAAACGUGCCAUAUAAGGGAACGGUUUUAUUAAAUGUAACUAAUUUCGGAGGUUUUGUGUUAAUUGUAGAUUUAAAAUGUCAGGUUUUGAUGCCGGCUAAUGUGGAGAGUUUUGGGAGAAUGAGUGAGUGUUAUUUAUUCAGCUGAGUCAUGAGAGUGAAGCAUCUCGCCCUUAUGUUACUGAGUGAAUAUUUUUCUGCUGCAGGUCAUUUUCUCUCUGUUUGUUAUAGCUCUUUUAUUUUCUCCAGCUGAGUAAUAUUUUAAAAUGUUCAGUUAUCUCUUUUUAAAAGUAACUUUAAUUCAAUACUUGCACCGUGUAAGCACUUUUGUACAUGUUCUUUUUGUAUUUAAAAAUGACAAAACAUGGGAGAUGUGAGGUUACUGUGAUAUCUCAAGUGUUUCCGUUGCUUUAGUGUUAAUGUAUGCAGCUUUUGUAAUAAAAAGGCAGUUGUUAACACUU